AUGUUCCUCCUCGGUGAUGACGCGCUGGGGCUGCUGUUGCAAAGUGACUGGCGGCUGCGACAGAACGGUGUCGCAUACUUUUAUUCCUAUUUAACUAGUCUAAUUAGCCAAGACGGACUCGAACAGCGUGCGGGCUUCGGCGCUGAUCUCGCUGCUGGCGUCCAAGUCGGUGGUGAACACAGAGAUCGUCGCGUCGCAGUCCCCGUUGUUGAUGAUGGUGAACUCGCCAGGAAGAGUGAGAUCUCCCGCAAGGUUGACCUCCACGGCGCCGCUCUUGAUCGUGGUUUGUUUCAGGUUCUCUGCAGAAGCGUCGUAUUCCACGCGGUACGCCAGACUGUCCGAGCCCGUGAACCGUGUGUGUUUCCAGGUCAAACUGGUGCAGUUGGCGUUGAUGUCGGAGCCUGCCGCUGGGAAGUUGACGUUCAGGCCGUACGCUGGUGGCAGCAGCUUGUCGGCGUCUCCUUGGGCCUCGAACAGAGUGUUGACCAGCUCCACGGCGUAUUUCGAGUAGAUGUUUGGAGCAUGGUCCGGGUCGUAGGCGGAUCCUUCGGUUCCGGAGAUGACAAAGUCUCUUUCUCCGAGGUUGUCACCCUCGUUAGGACCGCCAAGAACAAUGUCCACAGUGAAGUUGUUGAAAUAGGUUGGGAUGACGUAAUCAAGACCCAUGGAGACACAUGCGGCUGGAGACCCGUCAAAGUACCACACGUUCAGGUCGUCUUCCUCGUGGCCCCAGGCUGGGGCGCCCAGUCCCGGGUAGUUGAACACGGCCGGGGCGGUGAGGUUGGCGGUUUCUGGAAUGAUGAAUCUUCCACCGUUACCGGAGUAUUGUCUGGCCGGGGCCACCAUAACAACGUUGUGGCCGGCGGCUUUGAGGUCUCUGUAGAAAGCUCUGAUGUUGGUUGCUGCCCAUCCAUCGUCGUUGGUGAUGAGGAUGUUUUUGGCGGAGGCAGCAACGAGAGAGGUUGCGAGAGCGAAAAGAGUAGCAAACUUCAUGAGUAG